AUGACCACUCGGGCUGUUCUCUACGGCGAUCGCGUUUCACAGUCUCCCGCCCAGAACACCAACAUGUUCAAUGCACAUUCACUCAAUCGCAUGCUCUUUGGGCCACGGCCUAACAGCGAGUAUGCCAUCCUGGCCAACUAUUCAUCGCUGCGAUUCUUGAACACAUUCCAUGAGGAGCAUUGGCGGAUCACACUCCAGUUCGAUCAUGCACCAGGGCCAUCGCCACUGUGCGAGUUGGAGCUGCAACAGUCAUCAAGCGGCAGCUUUCUCUGUCGAAUGCUGUCUCGUCACGAUCUGUUUCCCAACCUCAAGCGCUUGGUGUUCCGAGCCAUCAAGCACGACUGUGAUGAGGACCUGCAGCAGUGGUUUUGGGCCAUCAGAGCCAAUACGACAAUCAAUAGCUUUGACAUCUCAAUGAGCGAUGCGGAUGAUACCGACACGGUCGAGGAAAUGGAAGACUACCUUACGAUAUACCAUCAGAAGCAACACUUGGAGACAUUGUCCACCUCUGUCGAGCACGUGUUCGUCUCCCAGGUGCUCCCUCUGCUCAAGCUGCCUCUGCUCAGGGAGCUCUGCAUCGAAUCCACGCUCUUCACCGAUCAAGACCCAGAGACCCAUUUGGCCGGACAGUUGGUCGAUGCCAUCGUGGCACACCCCAGCAUCCAAAGGCUGAAACUCGAUAUCUAUGGAUACGAGUUUUACCAACGACAUCUCACAGAGAAGUUUGGACAGCCCGCCAUUGUCAGUCAAGAUACACAAAUCGGCGAGACAGUCUUCGAAUGGAAGACAACCAACGAUUGCACAUUUAGCAUUGUGGGAUGCAGCCGAGGCAGCUCUCUGGAAUUCACAAAAGAACCAAUAAUAUAA